AGGAUGUGUAACGCUAUUUAUAGCUUGCAGUGUUUUCCAUUAGCAGUACUAGGAAUUCAUUUUGUAGUCUAGUUGCAUUUCAUUUGUAGUGAAACGAUUUUAAAAUGCCUAAUAUAAUUACGGGCAUUGCUUUUGUUUUUGUUGGAUUAAUACUUGUAUUGUGUGACAGGUAAGUACAUUUCACAUGUAAUGUAUUGAAAGCGAUCGAAAAAAGGGGGGGGGGGCGAUUACUGUCAGUACACACUCAGUGAAGUCUGUGACUGUAACACUUCCUUAAGUCUAAGUACUUAAUUUGGGUACUUCAACUUAAACACUAACCCACCACAACAACUUACCACUACUACUACUAGAGUUCUUACUGUGCCUACUAAUACAGGGUGGACCAAUAAAAGUGAGAACAUUUCGUAGCGUAAUAUUUUACGAGAUGUUCUCACUUUUUUUGGCCCACCCUGUGUAAUAAGUAGGCCUAUUGUUAUUGUGUGGUGUUAAAUUUCCAUAAUUGCUAUAGGCUAUAGUAUAGGCAUGGUAUCAUAGUAACUGGAAACAAUACUAUUAACAGUUAACUAUUCUUCCUUUGUACAUUGUCCCAUAACAUUAAAACUUAGAUUACAAGUAUAGUAGGAUAGCCUAUAUGUGAAACAAGGUAUGGGAAAACUUGAAAGAAGGACUUAAUAAAACAACGUGUAGUCAAGGAGCUUCCUUCAUUGACCAAACAACGAAUAUCACAAAUAUAUAAAUUAAAAUAAACACUUGGCUAAAAUGAAUUGUGCGAGAAGACAGAAAGAAAAAUCUAGUUGACAAUUAAUAGGUAAGAGAGUUAAAAUAGGCAAUAGGGAAAGGAUGAGAGGAAAUUUAAAUCCACAGGGAUUGGUUGUUUAAAAGGAGGAUGUGGAGAAAAUCUUUAACAAGUGAAGGAGAAAAUGACAUUCAUGCCAUGUGGUGUCAAAGUCCAUGAGUCUGUAUCAGUUUGUUCUCUAAGUUCACCCUGGUGGGUGGGUUGGAACAGGAAGCAAUGGCCAAGUUGCUGGAGCCCUUGUUUUUGCUUCUGUUGAAGUUUUUUUGAGAUAGGACACUUUUUAUCAUGCGCAAUAUUUCGCAACAUUUCGAAAGUAUUUAAUACAUCUGUCAGACAGAUGCUUUCCAGCCUGGUCCAGAUAAGCCAUAUGGCAGUGGGUAUAAAAAAAGGGCAUGGCUAAUAGUAUGGCUGGUGGAAAUGAAAUCAUCUCUUAUCUGAAAACUACCCUUAUUAGGGAAAGGAAUAUGUUGAGUCUGAAUGACAAAAGGGCAAGUUAGGCAAUGGCUGCAUCCACAUGGCUUUGUCCCAAAGUGGGAGGGGAUAGCACAGAGGGGGCUAUGAACAAGAUCUCAUAGAUUCUUAUCUCCUCUGAACACAAUGAGAGGCAGGGAUGAAAAAAUGUAGAUAUCACGGUCAGCAAGAAGGCCGGCACUGUUUAUAAAGAAACAUUGUUUGGCCAAUGGAUUGUGGGCAUGAUAUGGAAGAAUAAGUUUGGUCCUGUCGCUUUGUCUCUUGGAUGAGACCUAAAGGAAAUAGUAAUAUUUUGCAUUGUGGUGACUAUGACAAGUAGGCCUACAAAAAUAGUAAUAGUAUAGUAUAAGUAUGGACACUGGGCUUAUUUAUGAUUUUAAAUAAAAGUAAUUUUUAAAAUUCUAGUGUAAAAAAAAACCCAGCAUGAGACACUCAGAAAUGAUUGUAUUUUAUUAUUUGUAUCCACCUUUCUUUAAUUUUGAUGACCAAAAUGGAUGACAGCCAAUUUAUUUGAAUAGUCCAGGCAUUACUAUUUGAACUAUUUCCUAUUAACCACAUUAAAUUUCAACCAAAUCUUGGUGGUUUUUUUUUUUUUAGGAAAAUUCAAGGCUUACAAAUAAAAAUAAAUUGCAUUCAGAAAGUAAAGAAUUUUAUGAUAAUAUUUUCCAGAUGGCCUCAAAGUCUUAGCGUUCCAGGAAAACCAACAAGAAAACCACAUUUAUUUGAUCAUUUAAUCCUUCUGGUAAGUUUUUACUGUAAAGACUGUUUCUGAUAAGUUUUGACUAUAAUUACUAUAAAGGCAGUUUCUGUUAAGUUUUGACUGUGAAGAACCUUGCUAAAUCUCACCAAGUCUGUAUGAUUUAAUUUUGCUAAUUCAUUAUUCAUUCCCUAAUGGCAAUAUUGGUAAUGAAAUGUUUUCUCUCCAGACGUCUUUUGAUUCCAAAUUUAUUUAAUUAAAAUUGCACAUAUGAAUGGUUUCUUCUUAAUUUUUGUUAUUUUUUUAUGUUUUUAUACAACCUGUUAGUCAAAUUAUGUUGUUUUUCCUCUCCUCAGUGGUUUUGUAAGCAGAUCCUGCAGCUUCUUCUUCUUCCCCUGUGGUACCUCAUUGAACGAAAUAUUUUAGGAUUUGGACAUUUCAGACAUGGAGAAGUGCAACAAAGAGGUAAAUAUUUGGUGUACUUAAAAUUCUUAGUUUGCUCUUAACAUCCUUUCCCAAUGGCUUGAGACAGACUCUAAAUUCAUUAUAGCUCAUAAUUGCCUUCUGGCCAUUAUCUGAUUCCACAGUAUGGAUGAAACAGAAUUAGUCCAAUUUUGACUUAUCCUAUGUUUUAUAUCAUUUUUCCACACAUGUAAUAAAAUUACUUCAAACUGAUGUGAUGGUGUCAGCAGCAUGUCAAAGGGUCUUUCUUUUGCACCUCUUAAUCCUCACACCAUGGGAUUAUCAAGGGAGCCUCCAUCUCUCCAUUUUCCCCUCCCACCUACCGUUUUAUCUAAUCAAAAUGCACUGCCAGAUAUACUGUGCACAUACUUAAUGCACUGCCUGAUAUACUGUGCACCUACUUGAUGCACUGCCAGAUAUACUUUUUACUGAUGGCAAAGAUUUUAUUCACUUUAUCCAACUUAAAAAGAGAGAAUCUAUUUCUUGAUGUUAUUUUAGGUCCCAAUUAAACAGCUUCCCCAAUCAUUUGGUCUUUAAAAAAGUCAGAACUUUAACCCAUGGAGUCAAUGACAUUAGAAAUGUAAAAUAUGACCAAAACUAGGUGAAGGUAUGGAGGAGGGGGACUUCAUAAACAUUUUUUAUAAUUAGAUCUACAUUGAAGUACAUAUUUUGUUUUAUUAAUUUUUUUUUGUAUCUUGUAUGAUUCAUUUUUUUUUUUUAAUCUUCCAAUCCUCAAAACUGAGUUACUGAAGAAUAAAAGUGUAAAUUUACCCUUUUUUUAUAUCAUAAAUUUUCAUAAAAUUGUGAAUAGUCAUCAAAAGUUAUAUUUAUUUUUUGCUAACAAUAUUUCUCCCAUUUGUUUUCGCUUGUUUUUAUCAUUUGAAAAUUUUAAAUAUCUCUCAAAUGACAGGUAGACAAAACCGCCCAGUUCCAUUGCUGGAUAUUAAUGAUAUGCCGGAUGCUCAAGGAGAACAAAAUGCCAAUUGUAAUGAAGGUCUCAUAAAUGAAGGUUUAGUGAAUGACAACGAUCGUCAACCUUUAAUCGAGCCAGUUCGUAGACCGAACAGGCCCAAAAAACCGUCCCUGCUUGUUUAUUUCCCAGCAGCAUUCUUUGCGCAGGCUUCUGUUUUGCUGUUGUAUUUUGGCAUGAAGCUAACCUACCCAUCGAGCUUUAUCAUGCUGAAAGGUACGUCACUUUUUUUAAUGAGUUUUCACAAUUAAGAAUGCGAUUCUUCCCACACAAAUAACAACAAGGUUUUUUGUCCUAACUAAGAAAACAAUAAAAUUAAAUAAAUUAGAAAAUUUUUUAAAAUGUGUAAAUGAUAAAGAAAAUAAUCAAUUUAAAUGGGUACACACAUUCUUUUCUAGAUGCUUUUGUUUGUACCACCCACAUCAUAGCUUUGUUAUGAAGCUUCUCUGCCCUCUGAAGGAACUUUUUAAUUGAUUACAGUUAAUUAAAUAUGCAUUAACGAUUUCCAUAACUGGUCGCAGGAGAUACUUUAUUUCUAAUUUUUUUAUAAUGUAAAACUUUGGUUUCCAAACUGCUUACAUUUUAUUAAUUAAUUAAGUGAGUACCAGAGUGACACAAGGUUGUGUCCUCUCCCCGAUACGAUUUAUACCAAUGAUAUCAUCUAAUUGCAGAUCUUACAAUCAAUAAUCCCAUUAUAGAGCAAGCAGAGUCAUAUAAAUACCUAGGUGUCACCAUAUAGAGCAAGUAGAGUCAUAUAAGUACCUAGGUGUCACCAGUAAUAAUAAGCUGACUUGGCAAGAACACGGCCACAUUCUGUAAUGAAGGACCAACCGAACAAUUAAACAAAACAAUUGUACAAUUUUGGCAAAAUAUUAUUUUAUAAAAAAUGGGAUGGAAGGAGCCAUUUUCUUUUUUAAUAUUUACAUGGUAGAUUUAAAUUUGAAAACGCUACUUUAAACUGUGCAACAAAUUACAUUUACAUGGCAAUUUAGAGACAUUUUUCCCCAUCAACAGGGACAGUGGCAUUUUUCACAGCCCUCCUGGCCAUGGCAUUUUUAGCCCAGCAGCUUGCCUGCUAUGUUUGGUUUGGUGUCAUUGUGGCUACCCUGGGGUUUGCUGUGUCUGGAAUCUCAGACUACAUCCACGUCCCAUCAGGCGGUUAUGAAAAAUAUGGCAUCGCUGCAGGUCAGUCCAGAAAUUUUUGUCUAAUUUGUUAUGAAGAUACUGCAUUCUUUGGAGGAAAGAAACAUAUGACGGAAAGUAAAUAAAUUGUUUUAGAACUUGUUCAGAUUAAAAGGCAGGACUGCAAUCAGAAUAGAUGAAACUUUGGGUAGGGGAAACCUGCAGCUUUUGUUUGCUAAAGAACUACUUUUUGCUUACUUGCUCAUUGUUUUGUUUGAACCCUGUGUUUUAUAUUUCCUUUAGGUUAUUAAUUGGCAUUUCAUUUUUUUUCUGAAUUUUCAGUCACCAAAUGUAAUUUUGUUGAAUUUUGUGUUAACCAUAAUUGGUUUUUUUAAAAAAUAUUUUUAGGUGACCUGCUGAUUGUCAUGUCACAAAUCAUGUUUGCCACCAAGAUCAUCUAUGAAGAGAAGUUCAUUAGGAAACACUCUAUCCAUCCUAUGCUAUUCCUGGGUGCUGAAGGUAAUUGUCAAUAAAUGCAUGCUCUGAUUCUUUUUUCAAUCAACAAAUGACCAAAUGCCAAGCAAUCAGAUGAUCUGGGGUUCGAAUCUUAAACAAAUCAAAAUAUCCAGAUGAGACUUUUACUGUUGUACCCCCCAAACCAGUGAGAUAAACGAGCUGACUGCCCAGGUUGAUGGUUAAUGUCUCAUAUGUUGCCAGAAAGGAUCAUUCACUUUAUUUAGUUGUUUUUUUCUUUUUUUAUUCAGCUGUUUACGGAGUCUUCUUUGCCGGUCUGUUCUUUGCUCUGUUCAAUUUGCUGGAUCUGGUCCAGUACAGCUACCUGCCCAAUGGCAGGAUGGAGGAUGUUGAGGAUGCCUUGUACCAACUCCACAACUCCUGGGAAUGUUCUUUGGCCUUUUCUGGUAAGGAUAAUCUAGUUUGCCAACCUAUAAACAUCUUACAGCAUCAAUUUUAAACAUUAAUUUAUGAAAAUUUCAAGAAAAUUUCAGUACAAAACGUUUGAGAAAUAUAUAAGCCAUAUAUAAGCCUCUGUUCUACAUGUGCCAAAAUUGCAUGCAAAGAAUAUUUUUUUAAAAAGAUUCUUGAAAGCUUAAACUUUUAGUCGACGAAACUUCCUAACUUGCAUAAAUGUGACUAUCACUCAAAAUAUUUAUUAAUUAAGACUUUUAUUAAAGUAACUUCUAAAUGGCCCUGAGCUUAAAUUUCCAUCUCCCCUGAUUAAAAUUUUUAUAAUGUCCCAACUAAAGGAAGCAAAUUCUAUUUUUUUUUUCAUCUCAUUUUAUUGGUUUUAUAUUUCCUAUUUGAGAUUAGUCCUCAACACAUUGUUUAUAUUUACUAUUUGAGAUUAUUUCUCUAAAAAUAGAUUUUCCUAUUUAUAGUUGCAAGAAAAAUCAUUACUUUAUCAAGUCAUUAAUCUCAAUUCAAAACAAUAAAAAGUUCAUUCUGAAGAAUUUCUUCUUACUCCAUUCUGCUUGUAACUUUCACAUGCUGUUUUUAACAAAGAAGGAAGUGAAUAACCCCAUCUUAAGGGAUGAAGAUGUUUAAUGAAUAAUGUUUCCUAUUAUCCACAGGUUCACUCAUUUUCUACCUCCUGUACACAUAUCUGGGCAUGUUUUUAAUCCGUGACCAGGGUGCACUGCCCAGGAUCAUGAUUGAAACACUGAUUUGGGCAUUCUUCUGGGGCAUCUCCCUUGCCCUGAAGUGGGAAGACUUUUUCAUUGGUCAGGUAGGUUUUUGAGCCUGUGAUCAUCUGAAACAUCUGGUGUAGAACAUGUUGUGUCAGUAGCAACAUCAGAGGUGACAAAAUUGUCAUUUCACUCUACCAAAACAGUUGAAUUAUAAAAAUAUCAGAGUGGGUAUCAUUUAUUUAUAAAGUUUGGGGGAGGGGGGCUCCAUUUUUAGACUUCACUUUUAAACAUGGGUGAAAAUUUUCCAUCUCACAGUCGGGGAGAGGGCCAAAUCGUGUCCUUCGCAACAUCCUUUUCUGCAUAACAUAUUUAUCUGGGACUGUUGCCAAAUCUGUUACUGAGAUGUAGUCAUGUUGUCUGACAAGAUCUUUUAUACUCUACUGAGAUGUAGUCAUGUUGUCUGACAAGAUCUGUUACACUGUUCUGAGAUGUAGCCCUGUUGCCUGACAAAGAUCCAUAGAGAUAUAAUAGAUCCUGAAUCUAAAUGUUUUUUCUUGAAAUCCACCCAACUGAGUAUAUAAAUAUUACAUUACAUAGUUUUUAAUUAACUCAGGAAAAAGCUGAGGAAAAGGGUUAUAUUUCAGGGUCACAGCUUUCAGUGAGUGGCACCCAUGGGUUAUAACUAAGUUUUCAUAUUACUUUAUUAAUUCAACUGUUUGGAAUAAACGCUUAUUUCAAUGCAAGAGAAGAUAAAGAUAUUGACUUCACAACCAUGAUAAAAAUAAUGUUUUAUUUAAUUGAAUACACUGUAAUUAGUAAGCUUUCAAGAUUAUAAUAUCAUAUAUAAAUUUAAUAUUUAAUUUAUGUUAAUCAUAAAUGUUUUUUCUCCAGGUCCCGGGACUCUGUGUCAUCCCAAUCGGGGUCUUAAUUUACUCUCACAUCCUUGUUAUCCCCUUUGGUUCGUGUGGGGACAGGGUUGACCCCAAUGCCCAAGAUCCCUUUUUUCCUCCGGAUAAUGGGAACAAUGCACAAGCACCUGCGGGUGACCAACCAGAAGAGAUCAUAGGUUGCAAUACGUACGCUGAUCACGAUGGGAAUGGAACCGAUUACCCUGAUGUAAGAAUGGUCCUUGACGGGGCAGAGGUCCCACCCCAACAAGAUGAUGGGGACGUGCGACUUCUCGGCAAUCAUGUUCUUGUCCAGGCUGAACAGCUCAGACAGCGGCAAGCGGUCAGUGGUGAAAAUUAAUCGGUCGCCUCACUGUUUUAUUUGAGGCCCCAGCUGUUUGGUCAUAUUUUUUAUUUUAGUAAAGGUGUGAUCUAACGUAUCAGAUCACUGAGGAAAACAAGUAAAGGUAUGAUCUAACGUAUCAGAUCACUGAGGAAAACAAGUAAAGGUAUGAUCUAACGUAUCAGAUCACUGAGGAAAACAUUUUUUUUUUCUAUCAAAUAUUCCUUUUAGCCAUAAAAUUACCCUGAAAUCACCUUAUCGUGAAUGAAAAUUGACAUUUCAUUAACUUAUAACUCAGGGUUUCUAAUAAUUUUAAUUUUAGAAAUUUUUUACAGAAAAAAACGCUGCAUGAAUUUAUUGUUAGCACUUAAUAGUAUUUUAAAAUUCAACAGCCAUUGAACAUAUCAAAAAAGUAUUUGAGUUAUGACUUUCUUCCUACUUCUUGUGACCAUUCGACACAACCUGGUGUCUAUUGGGGCAUUCCAUUUAUAUAAAAGGUAUAUAAUACUUAACAAUAAAGUAAAAGUGCUGCAUUUUCUUCAGCAAGAUUUUUACACAGAAACACAUGAUUUUAAAGAUAUAUUUUUAAUUAGGCAAAUAGAUAUCUCACUAAACCCUUGAGUAGCCCCUGUAAACUUAACUACCGGGUAUUUAAAAGCUAUGGUGCUGUAACAUUAAGAUAAUUUUGAAUAUGAAAAUAUUUUUGUCUAAUUAAUUUGUAAUGCCCAAAAUAGGGUUACCCGGUACAUUAAUAUAUUUUAUAGCGCUUGUAACAAUGCUAUUUUAGCAUGCUCACAGCGUUCUGAUGUCCUAAAAUCUAUUCAAAGUAAAAAGUCUUUAAAAGUUUCUUAAAUGACUUUUUAUCAUUUUCAAAUUCCCUUAAAGAUUGGGGUAAACUGUUAUAACUUAGGUCCUGUAGCUUCAAAAGAGCGCACUCUGUAUGAUUUCUUUCUGUGUCAAUCCACACUGGGAAUUCUCAGUAAGGACUGUGUUGAAGAGCGCAACUUCUGUAUGGAAACAAUUUUAGAAAUAAGUUUUUGUAGAUAUGCAGGUGCAGAGCCCUCUAUUCAUCAGUAUGUCAGGAGCAGAAUUUUGUGGUCAAUGGGCUCAUUAGCAGGAAGCCAGUGGAGAUCUUUAAGAACUGGGGUGAUGUGGUUAGAUUUCUUUAUACGUGGUAUAAUGCAUGCCGCAGUAUUUUGUACCAUCUGAAGUCUCUGAAUUUGGUUUUAAGGUAAAUCGCACAAACAACUCUCUAAUCAUUUUUUUUUUUAAAUUCGAGAAAAGACUGGUUUCUUUUCCAUUUUUUAUACUCUAAAUUUGUGUACAUUAUAUUUGCAUACUACCAGUUUAUAUCUUCCAAACAGUGUAAAAUAUUUAGGCCUAUUUUAUUAAUGAUUUGCUGUACCAGUAAUGCCGGUAUGCUAAUUCAGUUGAGUUACAUUUUUUUUUUAUCUUCGCACACCGCAACCAUUUCCACAUUGAGCUAUUUAAGCUUUGGCUUGUUGUAAAGUUGUACCAUGGAUACUCUCUAAGCCACUCUCUACAAAACCCAUCUGAUUAAGAUUUAGUUCCAUUAGCUCCCUUAGAAACUGUUUGUCUGCACUGAUUUGUUUGAAUGAAAUAUGGGUGAGGGGUACAGACAGACAGAAAGACAGAUAGAGAGGAUACAUUUAUUAUUUAUGUGAACUACUUAAGUCCUACUUAAAACUUCAUGUAAAUCUUUUGAAAACUUUAAAAUCAUAUGUUAAUGUUUGAUUAUUUUUUAUUUUUUUUUGGGGGGGGUUGCAUUUGAUUGAUUUAAAUGUUUGUGGUGAAAUUAAACAUAUAAUAUUUAAUCAUCCUUCUCUGUUUCUUGUGAAUAUCAUUAUAAUUCUUGCCCAGUCUUAAGUAUGAAAAGAUUAUUACGGUAGUUAUUUAUUGGAGAUUAACCAUGAGAAUAAAAAACUAGGAGGCGAAAACUUUUUCACAAAAUUUGUGAGUAGGAUUAACAUCUUUGAAUAUUAAAUUUUAAAUUCUGGCACUGUCAGAAUUCGGAAUAUUUCUUUAUUUAAUUAUUCUUAGCUAUUAUCAACAUCACAAUCACUGCUUCAAUAAAUAUUUCUUAUUUUUGUCUGUGUACAAACUAUAGACUAAGUUUUAAAAAUGUAUACUUUUUUUAAUUAUAAGGUAAAUUUUUUUUUUUUAAACUUGUCUUUAAAUUUCUAAGUGUAGAUCUGUCAGAUAUCUAUUUUUAAAUAUUCAUAUUAAGCCUCUUUGUGAAACAAAAAUGUUGAUUUAAUUAAAUCAUGAUUGAGGGAUCUUUUGUUAUUUCUCAGAGGAAUGGAUCUAGGAAACAUUGAAAACGCAGACCUACUCACUGCCCUUUUCUCAACCUUUUUCCCGUUUCUUUAUCUGAUUUUUAUAACUUUAACUUAACUUGUAUAUCAAUGUAAUAUUUAAAAAAGUAAGUUUAUAUUUUUUAAGAAUAUUUGUAUACCGGUAGUCAAUUUUAAAAAAAAAUAAUAAUAAUUUUAUGAUCUUCACAUGUAUUUUAUUUUUUUAAAAACAAGUGCCUUUGUAGUUAAGGAAAAUUGUUUUUGUUUUCUUAAAUCUUGGUGGAUUUAAAACAACUGCUAAAAAAUUUCAUGUAAACAAAAAAAGUUUUUUGUUGAAGUAAAAAUAAAUAAUUAACAUUGCAUCUGAUUUGUGAAUAUUGAAUUUAUAAUUAUGCUUAUGUAUUUUCAUAUUUCUUUGUUUGUACAUGUUAGAAAUGGAUCUGCUUCACUGAUUUUGCUGAUGUCUCAUCUUUCUCAGCUAUUCUAAAACAAAGCUUUAUGUUUAAUAAAUGUAUAUUCUUCAAACCUGAGGGACUCAAGCUUUUAUUAAGUUUUAGGUAAAUCUAAAAAUACUUCCUAAUAAUAUUAUAAUAUAAUUAUGUAUAUUUAUCUAUUUAAGGUAUUUUUUUCCAAAUUUUUUUGUGAUAAAUUCAGCUUUUCAAAGUGAUAACUCAUGUUAGAAUUAAUUUAGAGGGAAUUAUAUAUCUUUACGGUACAUGCUCUUUCAUGUAAAAAAACUCGUACUUGUGGUGUAUAUUAUUAUCAUGAACAUGUUUGCUCUUUAAUUGAAUGCUGUGAAACUUUAUAAAGCUUACUGAACAUUUUAUGAUUUAUAAUUUUAUGGGGUCAGCUUUUGAGCAGGCUCUACUUUUUCAGGCUUUUCCAAUCCAAAAACAAGGGAGUGUGCUUAUGAACAAAGGGGGCUUAGAACGAGUUCUGAGCUUGAUGAAAUUCAAUCAUUCCAAUACUACAUUAAUAUAUAACUUAAGUUUCUUAAAAAAAACAUUUUAUUUUUAGAAAUGUAUUCAACUUACAAAAUUGUUUGUUGUGACAUUUCACUUUUGCUACCAAUAUUUUUAAUGAGAUCUGUACAUUUUAGUUUCUUCAACUGUUUCAAGUAGAGACCGACCGAAAGUGAUUUUCUGAUUUCGGCCGAAGCCGAAAAUAGGCCGAAAGUUUAAAAUGACUUACGGCCGAAACCGAAAAAAGGCCGAAAUUUUAAAAAUGACUUUCGGCCGAAACCGAAAAAAGGCCGAAGAUUAAAAAUGAAUUUCGGCCGAAACCGAAGCCGAAACCGAAAAUGAAAUAUUAAGAUAUUUUGAAAUUCGUUCCCGCAUACAUUCUGCAUACAUCGAAAAUGAUGUGGGAAAGUAUAAAUAUUUACAUUCUUUU